AUGGAGUCCAAACCGCUAUCAAAAGAUUCCAUGAAAUCAACAUGGCCGACGGCGCCUCGCAGUACGUGGAACUUCAACCAUCACCUGCUAGACACGCUGAACGUUCAUCCUAUCGACCUGAGCAAGGAAGUGCCUGUUCACAGCAAAGAUGAGAAACUGCCUUUCAUGCCUCAGUGGUCUCUCCAGCGUUGGGUGUUGUUCUACUCCGCCAUCCCACUGCUCCUCCACGAAGUCUACAUGCGGUUCGCCGGGAAGACCAUCGGUCCAAUCACAGCGUUCAACUUUUACUUCUUCGUCUUCAACGCAACAGUCAUCUGGCAAGUCCACGUUCUCCGCCGCCUAGGCCAUAUUCACGGUUUCCUGGAUGGCGACAAGCACGAACGCGACGGUAUCCCCGAUGUCGGCGUUGCCAAGGUUGUGACCUCGCUUUACAAGACCACCGGCUCCCGAAUGAUCCUCUCGAUCUUCUUCUCCUACACCCAAACAUCCAGGCCCUCCCAGAUGUCCUGGCAGUGGCUCCCGCUUGAAAUCGGUCUCUACGGCAUUGUCCUCGACUUCUGGUUCUACUGGUACCACCGUCUCAUGCACGACGUCGGCUACCUCUGGAAAUAUCACCGUACCCACCACCUGACCAAGCAUCCGAAUCCUCUACUGGCCGCGUAUGCGGAUCACGAGCAAGAGUUCUUCGACAUGGUCGGUGUGCCCAUGAUGACUUAUUUCAGUCUCAAGCUCAUGGGCCUUCCUAUGGGCUUUUAUGAGUGGUGGAUCUGUCAUAACUACGUUGCUUUUGCAGAGGUUUUCGGUCAUAGUGGACUACGUGUGCACUUGACUGUGCCAUCGACGCUGAGCUGGCUGUUGCAGAUGUUUGAUGCGGAGAUCGUUAUUGAGGAUCAUGAUCUACAUCAUCGCAAGGGUUGGCGUAAGAGUCAUAAUUACGGUAAGCAGACGCGCUUGUGGGAUCGGAUCUUUGGCACUUGUACAGAACGCAUUGAGUCUGUUCCUGAAAAUGUGGAUUAUGACAAUACGGCUAUGAUGCCUUUGUUUUGA